AUGUCCAGCAACUUUCCGCCAAGCUUUGUUUGCACCUCAAACGAGCCAACUGGGAUCCAAUUAGAGACGCUUUGUGAUUCUACGACAUUGACCAUCGAACCAGCUCACUUCUCUACGAUCGACCCAACAAGCAUUGCAAGCAUUGCCAAGCUUGUGGAGACGAAAGACCAGACGUGGCUUAGGGGGCAGGGUGGAGUUGAUGGGUUAGUUUCAGCUCUGCGUACUCAUGCAGAGAACGGGAUCAAAGACGAUAGCACAGACAUUAACAAUCGACGAAGAGACUUUGGUUCCAAUUUUUAUGGAGAGGACAAACCUGCAAAGAAAUUCCACCAUUUUGGAUUGGAAGCGCUUAAACAUCCCAUGAUUAUCAUUCUACUUGUUUGUGCUGUGCUCUCUGUUUGUUUUGGCAUUAAAGAAAAUGGCCGGAGAGAAGGAUGGUGUGAAGGAGUAACCAAACUUGUUGCAAUUCUUAUAGCUGCGACGAUCUCUGCCGUAAGUAACUUUUUGCCACACAGGUUGUGUCACCAGUUAUCUGAAGCUAGUAGUCAUAUCCCUCAGGUUCAUGUUGUGAGAAGCAGCCAGUGGCAGCGGAUAUCAAUUCCCAGAAUUGUGGUUGGGGAUAUAGUUUUCUUGAAGCCUGGAGACCUAGUUCCUGCUGAUGGACUCUUAUUAAGUGGGUGCUCAUUACAGGUAAAGGAGGGACAAACUGAAGGUGUGGUGGAAGUUGAUGGCCACGACAAUCCGUUCUUGGGUUGUGGCAGUGAAGUGGUUUAUGGGUAUGCUCGAAUGCUUGUUACUGCAGUUGGGAAAAACAGAUGGACCCAGAAAAUUCAUGGGGAAAUGAUAAAUCAGUCCCAACAACUAAUCUCGGUGAUUGGUAAAUGA